AUGGUCGUGGAGAAGUGGCAGAGUACUGCGAGUGGGCUCACUGUGCUGUGGGCCAAUUUUGAGAGUCCCCUGCUGAAUGCGUACAUUACCAUUUCCACGGAAAUAUUUGAGGAUAGCGGUGUGCCCCAUACGCUCGAGCACCUCGUUUUCCUCGGCAGCAACCGGUAUCCGUACAAAGGUGUUUUGGACAGCCUCGCGAAUCGAGCAUUCGCGCAAGGAACCAAUGCGUGGACGGCGAAUGAUCACACUGCGUAUACGUUGACGACCGCAGGUGCCGAAGGGUUUCUGCGUAUGCUGCCAAUCUAUUGCGACCAUGUCUUUUUCCCCACCCUCACCGAUGCUGGAUUUGUCACGGAAGUAUACCACGUAAAUCCCAAGUUGGAAGACGCUGGUGUGGUGUACUCGGAGAUGCAGGGCCGCGAGAACACAAGUGGGGAUUUGCUUGAGCUCAAGACGCAGCGCAUGCUGUAUCCUCCGCAGUCUGGCUACCGCAGCGAGACGGGGGGGUUGAUGUCGGCGCUGCGUGUGCUGACCAUCGACGAUAUCCGCAACUACCACGCCCAGUACUAUGCGCCGCACAAUGCGGCGCUUGUGCUCUGCGGUCCACUCGACAGGGAAGCACUGUUCGACACACUGGAAAAGGUCGACGCCAUGUUUCUUGCCAACGGCACCGCGUACGCCCCCCCUGGCCCCCCUGGCUGGAAGCGGCCGUUUGUCGAGACAAGGAGUGCGAUACCACCCGUGAUUGACGGCACCGCGAUACACAUGGAUGGGCUGGACGAUGCGGACCCUCCCAAAGACGGUGUGUUUGACAAGCUGCGCCGGCGUGCGUUUGUCGAGUUUCCCGAGAAGGACGAGAGUAUGGGCGAGGUGCAAAUUUCAUGGGUAGGCCCACCCCUCACUAACAAUCUUGCACUGCAUGCGCUGGAUGUGCUUGGUGCGUACCUUACCGAUUCUGCGGUGAGUCCACUGCAGCGUGCGUUUGUGGAAAUCGACAAGCCGCUGAGCACGGAUAUCUGCGUAAUGACGACCGAGCGUGCGGGGGCGAGUAUACUUUCUGUCAUCUUUAGCAGUGUGCCGACCGCGGAGCUGGACACGCUGGAUGCGGAGCUUGUUGCUGUCCUGCGCGACCUCGUUGAAAACGGUGUCGAUAUGCAGCGCAUGCACAUGGUCCUGCGCCGCGAGCGCCUGCGCCUGCUGAGCCAGCUAGAAAUGCGCCCUGCCGACUGUUUCUCCGACGUGCUCAUCCAUGAAUUUUUGUACGGCCAUUCCGACGGGAGCAAUCUGCCCGAGGCAAUGGACGAUAUGAAACGAUUCGAUGCGAUGGAUGCCUUUUCUGCGUGUGACUGGGCAGACCUCUUGGAGCGCUACUUUAUCCACAAUGCACGCCUCGUUGUCGUGGGCCGCCCCUCUGCGAGCAUGGCAGUGGCGCUCAAAGACGAGACCAAGGCGCGUGUAGCACAGCGCGAAGCGACGUGGAGCGCGCAAGAGAAGCGCGCGCUUGAAAAAGCACUCGAUAGUGCGCGCCGGGAAAACGAUGCGCCCAUCCCUCCGCGCAUGCUCCAAGACUUUGCGAUCCCCGACAGCAGCACGAUUGCAUGGAUUCCGGUGGCGACAGCGCGCGUCGGCCCCUCCAUUCCCGGCGUCCCUGCGCGCCUGCCGAAUGCCACGGCAGAGGACGAGGCGGUGCAGGCGCAUGUCGACAAAGACGCCCCGCCGCCGCCCUUUUUUAUCCAAUUCGACCAGGUCAGCUCCCAAUUUGUGCUCAUCACGCUUGUGUUCAGCACCGCAUGUAUUCCCCAGUCAUUGCGUGCGUACCUCUCCUUUUACCUCUCCAUGCUCUUUUCCCUCCCCAUCACGCGUCUGGACGGCAGCGGCGAAAAGCUGAGCUACGAAGAGGUGGUAAAGAGGCUGGACGAGGACGUGCUCGAGUACGACGUGGCGAUAGGCCUUGGAAGCAGCUUUGCCGAGAAUGUCGCGAUUGAGUUCAAAGUGGAGCGCACGCAGUACCGCGACGCGAUUGCCUGGCUCCGUGACCUCCUCUGGGGCAGCGAAUUUUCCCUGGACAGGCUGCGCAUUGUCGCUGCGAAGCUGCAGCAGUCGCUUCCCGAGCAGAAGCGCGACGGGCGUGCGGUCAGCUGGGCGCUCUCGCGCACGAUGCUGUACGCAGCGCACGACUCUACGCAGCUUGCGAACUCGGUCAUGGCGCAGGCCACACAAGUGCCCGAGAUUGUUGCGCAGCUGGCCGCCGAGCCCCAGCGUGUGGUGGACGCGCUUGAAACACUCCGCGGCACGCUCUUCCGCCCCGGCUUUCUGCGUGUGUCUGUGGCUGGAGACAUUAUGGCGCUCGACGCGCCGUGCGAGCCAUGGACCGCGUCCUUUUCUCGGCGUGCGUGGAUGGACGUGGUGCCAAAGCCCGUUGCGCUUCCCUGGGCGCGCGAUGUUAUGACGGCGCUUGGCACGUCGCCGAGCAAAAAAGGCAAGGUGUGCGCGAUGCCAGCGAGCGAAAGCUCCUACGCAGUGUUUACCGCCAAAGGCGUUGCCGAGUACACCGAUCCCGACUAUGCUGCGCUUGUCGUGACCAUCACGAUUCUCAACGCGAUGGAAUCGUUUCUCUGGCGCUACAUCCGCGGUGCGGGCCUCGCGUACGGCGCAUCGAUCCGCAACGACCCUGAAGCGCGCCACCUACACUUUAUCCUCUACCGCAGUCCCGACUCGGUGAAAGCGUUUGUGGAAGGCGGAAAAGUACUUGGCGCGCUGGCCAACCAAGAGGAGAGCAUGCAGAUCGAUGCGACCAUGCUCGAGAGCGCAAAAAGCAGUCUGCACUACAGCGUUGCGGACAGCGAAGGCACGGUCGGUGCCGCGGCGAUGGAGAGCUUUACCGACAGUGUGAUCAAGUUGGUCGGCAAAGGCCGCGGCCAUGCACUGCUACACGACGCCAACCAAGUCACGCUCGACGAUGUGCAGCGCAUGCUUACGCGCUACAUUCUCCCUCUAUUUGACCCCGCGACGUCGGUGUGUGCGGUGGCGUGCUCCACGGCAAAGCUCGAGAGUACCCAAGGUGAGCUGGCGAAGCUCGGGUACGAUAUGGAACAAAUCACGAUGCCGGGCACGGGCGAUAGCGACGCCAGCGACACGAGCGACGGCGACGCCAGCGACACGAGCGAUGCCGAGUCGGUGUAA